AUGUUUGGCUUUUGCUCACUCCCUAUCUCUUCCAACUCUUUGGCUAUCAUGGUCUCUCUCUGUCUGAGUGCUCUUUGGUUUUUACUCUCUCACAGAUGUUUGGCUGUUGCUUUGUUUGGCUUUCCCUGUCUCCCAGUUGUUUGGCUUUCCCUGUCUCCCAGUUAUUUGACUUUCCCUGUCUCCCAGUUGUUUGGCUAUUCCCGUCUCCCAGUCGUUUGGCUAUCCCCGUCUCCCAGUUGUUUGGCUAUCCCCGUCUCCCAGUUGUUUGGCUAUCCCUGUCUUCCACUUGUUUGGCUUUCCCCGUCUCCCAGUUGUUUGGCUAUCCCUGUCUCCCAGUUGUUUGGCUAUUCCCGUCUCCCAGUCGUUUGGCUAUCCCCGUCUCCCAGUUGUUUGGCUAUCCCCGUCUCCCAGUUGUUUGGCUAUCCCUGUCUUCCCGUUGUUUGGCUUUCCCUGUCUUCCCGUUGUUUGGCUAUCCCUGUCUCCCAGUUGUUUGGCUAUCCCCGUCUCCCAGUUGUUUGGCUAUCCCCGUCUCCCAGUUGUUUGGCUAUCCCCGUCUCCCAGUUGUUUGGCUACUGCCCGUCUGUUGUUUGGCUAUCCCUGUCUCCCAGUUGUUUGGCUAUCCCCGUCUCCCAGUUGUUUGGCUAUCCCCGUCUCCCAGUUGUUUGGCUAUCCCCGUCUCCCAGUUGUUUGGCUAUCCCCGUCUCCCAGUUGUUUGGCUAUCCCUGUCUUCCCGUCUCCCAGUUGUUUGGUCUUCCCGUUGUUUGGCUAUCCUUGUCUCCCAGUUGUUUGGCUAUCCCUGUCCCAGUUGUUUGGCUAUCCCUGUCUCCCAGUUGUUUGGCUAUCCCCGUCUCCCAGUUGUUUGGCUAUCCCCGUCUCCCAGUUGUUUGGCUAUCCCUGUCUCCCAGUUGUUAUGCUUUUGCUGUCUCUAACCCCUCUGGCUUUCCCUGUCACCCUUCAAGCUCACUCUUAUCUAUUUCUCUUUUUCACAAGCAUUUAUCUCUCUUUCUUUCUCUCUCUAGAGCACAAAUUUCCUCUCUCAAUCUUUCUUUCUUUUUCUUAGUCUCUAUCUGUCUCUCUAGAGUACAAUUUCUUUCUUUUUCUCUUUCUCUCUUUCUCUCUAGAGCACAGAUUUACUCUUUAUCUCUCUUUUUUAGAAUCCUCAAAUUUCUCUCUCUCUUACUCUAUCCCUCAAUUUUUUCUCUCUCUCUAGCCCUCUAUUUCUCUCUCUCUCUUUCUAGCCCUCUAUUUCUCUCUCUCUCUCUCUCUAGCCCUUUAUUUCUCUCUCUCUCUCUAGCCCUCUAUUUCUCUCUCUCUCUCUCUCUAGCCCUUUAUUUCUCUCUCUCUCUUUCUAGCCCUCUAUUUCUCUCUCUCUCUUUCUAG